CCACCCCCAGUGCCGGGGAGCACGAGCACGAACACCCACAAGGGUUGCACUACCCAGUCUGACCCGCUCUCCUCUUACCUUUCUCACGUCCUACCCUGAGGAGACAGACACAACUUAAGACUCCGCCCAAAGAGGGUCCUUCCGGACAGGGGCAGCCAUGUCACAGUUCUCCACCAUGACAACCGGGGAGCGGAAAAUGCAGGCGGCAGCGAUCUGCAGGGAGGUUCUAGCCCAGGAAGACAUAGAGAUGGAUCUUGGGAAGAAAAUAAACGUGCCUAAGGACAUCAUGCUGGAGGAGCUGUCGCUUGCCUCAAACCGGGGCUCCCGCCUCUUCAAAAUGCGCCAGAGACGCUCAGAAAAAUACACUUUUGAGAGCGUCCAAAAUGAGAACAACAAACGGCUCAAUAACAUGAUCGUUUCUCAAACUGAAAAUGGGAGUGCCACGGACCACCACGGCGGCGAGAACAACGUGGAUGUUGACCAAUCCCCUGCUGUGCCAGCUGACACACCAGAUACACACACGAUGCCAAAUGCAGACGGCAUCGCCCCGGGGUACGGAGGUCCUUUGAAAGACAUCCCUCCGGAGAAGUUCAACAGCACAGCUGUACCGAAGUCCUACCACUCGCCCUGGGAGCAGGCCAUCAUCAGUGACCCGGCCUUGGCUGACAUCCUAACCACCCAAAUGUCUGAGCCGGAGCCCAGACCGGACCUACCCAGAUACAAAAGUUUUAACAGGGUGGCGAUCCCGUUCGGCGGUUUCGGCAAAGCAUCCAGACCUGCCUCCGUCAAGUCCCUCCUGGAGGAACCCCCUCCCGACCUACCUCGACCCUGCUUCAACAGAUCUGCCCUGGGGUGGGUGACGACCGGCGAUCCCGUCCGCCUCUCUGCUGUUUCCCUUGAGCCUGUGCUCAUCCCUGAGUCAGAGGACCUCUGAACCCAUCAUGAGGUCACACAGAGAGAGGCUGUCUUCCUUGUUGCUGCACCAGACGUGAAGGUGGGCGGGGCGACGUCACCAAUGAAUCAUCCUGUUCAGUAUGCAGAGCCACUGCUGGAAUAAAAUGGAAGUUAUUGUAAAUUAAUGUGCAUAGGAAUGUUUUAUCUUGCAGACAAGUGUUAACGCAAUAAAAUGGUGUAGAAGGCAA